AAGUAAAGAGGAGCUCAAUUCGAAUCUUUCUAUUAGGACACACGGAAGGAAGUAGCAGCGAAAUUUUAUAGGACUCUCCCCGCCUGAGCUUCCCGGGACACGAUUCGUCACCCGCCGCCGAAACUUCAAUCAGAUUCUUCUUCUUCUUCUUCUCAAGGUCCAACAGGUCAAUUGGCUUGAGAGCCACUGUUAUUUGAUUUGUGCAGUUUGAAUCGGAAAGAGUGAAAGACGGUUUUUGUGUAGUGAAUUUUAGUUCAAUUUAUGGAACAAAGAUGAACGCACGCCCUGCGUUUUUCAUUCAACGAUCAAGUGAAGCACAACAUAGUAAUAUGGGUGUCUCGGGAGCUAUGUCUACGCCUCUACCAAUUCUACCUUCAAUAGAAGAGAAAUUUUCAAAGCUGCCAGGUCCUACUUCAUCUUCUUCUGGAUCGCAAAAAGACCUUCACGUUUCUCCCCAAGAAAACAAAUCUCGUAAUUAUCCAUUCAUUUCGAAUUCGUCUAUAGACGGGCCAUCUUUGGCCUCUUCGCAUUCAGGUAUACAGUCUAGCGGGCUGGACAGUUUUCCCGUGUGCAACGGUAUUGAUUCCUGGAGUAAAGAGGAAUGCCGUGAUUUUGUUGAUUAUACAACGAGCAUUCCAGCUCAAAAUGGCCAGGUAGAAACGCUUGCGGGUGUCAUGUCAUCUGAUGACCACGCUAGAAGAACUGAUUGGCAAGAAUGGGCCGAUCAGCUAAUUAACGAUGAUGACACUCUGGCGGGUACCAGUUGGAACGAUAUUCUUAUUGAUGUUGAUGUCCCAGAUCCCGAACCCAAGCUGUUGUUACCAUCGCCCGAUGUUCCUGUUCUCCAACCUCAAACGCUUCAGCAAACUCCCACGCUUUCCGAACAGAAUUUUGCGGUUGCCAGUCCUUCAUCCGCUGCUGCUCUGACCAAACCACGAAUGCGUUGGACACCAGAACUUCAUGAAGUUUUCGUGGAAGCUGUGAAUAAACUUGGCGGUAGUGAAAGGGCAACACCGAAGGGAGUACUGAAGCUCAUGAAUGUUGAAGGGCUGACCAUAUAUCACGUGAAAAGCCACUUGCAGAAAUAUAGGACAGCCAGAUACAAACCAGAGCCCCCUUCAGAAGAAACCUCAGAAACGAAGCCAGCUAGUGUUCCCGAGGCUGCAUCUCUAGACAUGAAAACGACGAUGGGCAUUACGGAAGCACUACGGCUGCAGAUGGAGGUCCAGAAGCAGCUUCACGAGCAACUCGAGAUACAAAGAAAAUUGCAAUUGCGGAUUGAAGAACAAGGGAAGUACCUUCAAAUGAUGUUCGAGAAAACGAGGAACAUGGGGAAAGAACUAAAGGCAUCGUCGCCUGCAUCUGAUGAACCCCCUCCUCUCUCCCCUCCAAACGACAAUCAAGAACUCCCAGACCGGGAUAACAACGCCAAUUCUGAACUGGGUUCAAGUAACAAGAGACCUGAACCGAGCUCACAAGAAAGAAACUCAGCCGGGAAAGACUUCGACUCCCCACCACGAAAGCAUGCAAAAGUCGAUGACACAACAGCACCUCAGUAAGUUCCUGUAACAUUUGACUAUGUAUGUAGCAUGAUGUCUUAAACAAAGAAUGUCUUUUACGCGAACUGGGUUUUAUGACAUUAUUAUCGAAUCUGUGAUUUAUGUACAUUGGUGUUUCUGCACCUGUAGUUACUAGUUAGAGACUUAGAGCUAUGCUCAGUGUUUAUGGGAAUCACCAUUCUUGAAUCCUUGAAAUAA